AUGGCCAUCACCUCCGAGACGAUCAUUUCAUCGACACGCGCAAGCAGUGCGAGCAAUAAGGAUUCAGCAAAGCCACCACCGAAGAUUUACAAUGUCCAGGAAUACCCUUUCAAGGGCUAUCACCCUCCUCAACCAGACGGUUACCAACAGAGCAAAUCAUCCCCGAGCUCCAGCGCGAUCGUGAUUGACAAUGGCUCACACACCAUCAAAGCUGGUUGGUCAUUCGACAAAACCCCCCGAUUCGUUUUCCCGCCUGUGAUGAGUCGUUAUCGAGACCGGAAGCUCAACAAAGGUUGCCAAUUUAUUGGAUAUGAUGCCUAUGUCGAUGCUACGACCCGCGGUCAGCUGCGAUAUGCCUUUGAUCCUGGUACCAGCAUAGUGGGUAAUUGGGACGUCAUGGAAGGGGUGUUGGAUUAUGUGUUUCUGAAGCUGGGCGUUGAUGGGUCAAAUGGCGCGGUUGACAGACCUAUUGUCAUGACUGAGCCUAUCGCCAAUUUGACAUAUCCGCGACGAAUGAUGAACGAGAUUCUUUUUGAAUGUUAUGGCGCGCCUUCGGUUGCAUACGGUAUCGAUUCCCUUUUCUCGUACCGAUAUAAUCGCGGUACUGAUGGCUUGAUCGUAUCAUCUUCCCAUACGUCAACACACGUGGUUCCCGUGCUGAACUCAAAAGCUCUGCUAUCGAACGCUACGAGGCUGAACUGGGGUGGACUGCAGGCAUCAGAAUACUUGUUGAAACUCAUGCGGCUCAAGUAUCCGACGUUUCCAGCGCGUAUGAUAGAGCAUCAAAUGGAAGAUCUCGUGCACAAGCUCUGCUACGUAUCCACGGACUAUGAUCAAGAAUUGAGCCAUUACUUGGAUUGGACAGGGCUAGAGGACCGCGAUCAUGUUGUCCAAUACCCGUUCACGGAGCACGUAGUCGUGGAGAAGACGGAAGAGGAACUUGCGCGCAUUGCGGAGCGCAAGAAGGAAAGCGGCCGACGCUUGCAAGAACAGGCUGCUAAGAUGCGGCUGGAAAAAUUGAUGAAAAAAGAACAAGAGCUUGACUACUAUAAGGACUUGCAGCAAGGACUGGCGCAGCAGACGAAGAAAGAAGUGCGGCGCAUUCUGGAGGCGGAGGAUAUGAAAGACGAGGCACAUUUAGAACGCACAAUUCGGGAUCUGGAGCGUUCUAUCAAACGAUCAAGAAACAAGGACCUUGGCAUUGAUGAGAACGAGGAGAAUAUGGAAGAGGCCUCGUUCCCGCUACUAGACGUGCCAGAUGAGGAACUAGAUGAGGCAGGCCUGAAGGAGAAACGGCAUCAACGCCUAAUGAAGUCGAAUAUCGAGGCGCGACAACGCGCUAAGGCUGAAAAAGAGCGAGAGAAAGCCAGGAUAGAAGAAGAACAGAGAUUGGACGAUGAAAAACGCGAGAACGACUUUGAAACCUGGAUUGGCGAAAGACGAAUGGCUCGCCAGGCCCUGUUGCAGAAAAUCAAAGAGCGAGACCGACUCAAGGCAGAUCUAGGAAAUCGGAAAUCUCUCGCUAGCCAGAUGCGAAUGAAGACGCUCGCCAACCUAGCUGCCGACGGACCCAAAAAGCGACGCCGAGGCGGCGACGACGAUACCUUUGGAGCCGACGACGCGGAUUGGGGGGUCUACAGAACGGUGGCCACGGGCGAACAGAGCGACGAAGAAGAGGAAGAAGACUUUAACGCGUCGCUAAAAACGCUUGAAGAGCAGCUACUCCAGUACGACCCCGAGUUUACGCAGGAGCAUACGCUGGAAGCACAAUCUGAUUGGACCAAGAGUCUCGUGCAUGCGUUUCUGCGCGGGCCGUGGCCGUUUGACCCAGAGAGUCAGCGCGAAGCACAUCAAAUUCAUCUGAACGUGGAGAGGAUACGAGUCCCCGAGGUGGUUUUUCAGCCCUCGAUUGCGGGCGUCGACCAGGCCGGCCUUGUGGAAAUCGCAGCAGAUAUCCUGAACCAAAGAUUCACGGCGGACAAAGACCGCACGCGCUUACUCAAGGAUGUCUUCAUGACGGGCGGCAGUACGCUGUUCAAGGGCUUUGACGAGAGACUGCGUACAGAGCUCAUCGGCAUCCUACCUCUUUCAUUGAAUGGGCAAUUGUCGGUGCGCCGCGCAGCUGAUCCGAUCCUUGAUGCAUGGAAGGGUGCGGCACAGUGGGCGUCAGGGUCGGAGCUUGGUUCUCUGUCGAUAUCUCGGGCUGAGUACCAGGAGAAGGGCAGCGAGUAUUUGAAGGAACAUGACCUGGGAAAUGUCACAAGCGUUUAG